AUGACUCCAUCGCUCUCCUCGGCAGCCUCGUUCUGCGACGCCGCCACCGCCCGCCGCGACUUAGCUCCGUGGGCCCAGGAGCUCGUCUGGCAGGGCGCUGUUCUGCGCAUGGCGGAGGAGGAUCUCGCCCCGAACGGGCUGCCAUACUCGCGGCUGCCGCGCUCGUCCAACGAGUGGACCGGCCGAUCGCUGCUCCUCGCCUCGCUGCCCGCCGACAUCGUCGGCACCGUCCACCCGCACAUCGUGUGCCGGCCCCGCUCGGAAGUCGGCGGCGGCCUCGGGCUCUUUGCCACUUACGGAUUGCGCAAGGGCGAGGUGGUGUGGGCGGAGCGAGCGCGCGCCGGGCCCGACGUGCAGGCCACGCCACGCACGCGCGCGUGGAUCGAGGCGCUGCCCGAAAAGUCGCGCCGCGCGUACUGCCACUUCAUGUACAAGACUGGCGACGACGAGUACCAGUCGCUGGCCGAGUUCAACGAGCUGCCGAUCGAGGAGUACCCGACGGUACGGACCGUCGACGUCUCCAACUACAUGAACCACUCCUGCGACCCGACGUGCUGGUUCGUCGACGGCGGCGCCGAGUACAACGGCGUGAUGGUCGCGUCGAGGGACAUCACGCCCGGAGAAGAAAUCACGUUCGACUACGCGACGAGCGAGGACUCGAUCCUGACGCCCGAGUUCGACUGCCAGUGCGGCGCCGCCUGCUGCCGCUCCCGCGUCUCGCCCCUCGACUGGUCUCUCCCGGCGGUCGCCGAGCGCUACUGCGGCCACUUUAUGCCGCACAUUGCUGCGGAGGGCCACGCGGAGCCACAUCCGCUCGAGUGGAUGGAGCCGGAGGACGUGAGGCGCACGUGGUGGCUGCGGCUCGACACGCCGAGCCCGACCGGGCCGAGCCUCGACACGCCGUGGACCGACCGGCCACCAUACGCCCUAGAAGCGGAAUCCUCGGCCAGGCCAGACCCGCGCGCCCUCUCGAGGCUGUGCGCGGAGCGGCGCGAGCUGCUCUCGUGCGCCGCAAAGGGGCUGCAGCUCGAGCUGCUGAACCGGCAAGCCGCGGAGCUGCGCGGCUCUCCGCGCGUCGACGGCGUCGAGGACGAGGGGAGGUACGUCAAGCUUGGCGUGCCGCUGGACGAGGGCGCGCUGGUGCUGCUGCUGCCUCCGAAUUUGCUGCUGUGGGAGGAGGAGGUUGACGAUUUCAACACGUGCAUCCAGAUCUCGCCCUCGACGCCGCACGGGCCGCGCCUUUUCUCGUCCUCGCUCACGCCGCACGACCUCGACAACUUCCUGUGCCACUCCUGCGACCCGAACUGCGAUGUGGUCGUCGGGCCCGACCUCUGCGUCGGUUUCGUGGCGCGCCGCCCGCUGGCGGCGGGAGAGUCGCUCACCUUUGACUACGACUCGACCGAGGACGACCUCACGGGCGACCGAGGCGGGUUCGAGUGCUUUUGCGGCGCGCCGCUCUGCCGCGGGCUCAUCCUCGGCAAGCUGCACUCGCCCGCCGCGGGGGCCGCCAAGCGGCUCGGCUCGCCGCUACUACCCCCGCCCCGUGACUCGUCCCCCGCCGCCCCGUGAGCGUUGGCGGCGGUCUGUGCCCGCGCGCCGGGACCGCGUGCUCGUAGAGAGGGACUGGAUUUAGCCGUGCUCCCUGCCCCGAGAGUGAAUAGAUGUGGCAGGCCGGCGGCCGGCUGAUUCGGGCCCACACCGCGCUCUAAACCAGCAACUUGUUUGUCCAUGGUGAGGUUGAUGUCUCGGUGUUUUGUGUGGCGGCGUGCGCGUCAGUGUGUGUCUCAGUGUCUGUCAUGAGCCGAUAAAUGGCCGCCGCGCAGUAGUCUUUGUGGGAAAACAC